GUCAACGCAACAGACAAGCGAGAGCAACUCGUGAAGAGGUGAUGUUCUCCUCCAGCGUCAUCCGACGGGGACGCUGCUCCCUGGCCAGGCCACCCGCUGCAACGCGUUGCAAUGCGAUAGUAGUAGACCGAGGUCAACCACAAACCAGCAGGAAAGGUCAACAACAUGCGGCGAUCCAUCGGUGUCUCGCAGGUGCAGCGGCGACAGCAUCACCAGCUAGAGGCGGAGGGGUAGCGUCUGGAGAAGAAGCGGCGGGAAAGGUACAGGCAAGUAUCACUAGUUGCUGUGGGACGAAGCACAAUCUAGUGCUUAGGCUGGGGAACGAGCAGCAUCAAUCAUUUCUGUCGGAGACCUCCGGCGGGACUGUCAACUGGCGACGGCACGCAUCGACGCUGAGUCGGGGCGAGUACUACUGUCUCUCGCUGCGACCAGGUGCCGCUUCGUCUGCGCUGCGCAGCCGAGCCUUGCAGGCUGGUGGGCCCGCUCUCCGGCUAGAUAGGCGUGGUUUCUCAGCUGGACAAGGGCCCGACAGCGAUCACGAUGGCGAUGACGAAUAUAACUACAGCAGCGGCGACAGCGGCAGCGACACUGAGAGCGAGUCUGAGAGCACGCUUUUCGGGGCUAGCCGCGGGGCAGAAACGGUGGCGAAGACUAAGGAGGCAGGGGCACCGGCAGCGGUGAAAGAACCACCGGCGAAGAGGAACACGAAGCCCAGAAUACCGCGCAACAGACGCGGUGGGAAAGGCGAGAGAAACCCCUCUCCGACAGAAGCCGCUCAAGCGGUGGCGGAAGCGGAUGGGGAAGCAGGAACACCAGCCCCAUCACCCGAGGCCUCAGGAGCACCGUUAAAGAGGGCCCCAAAGGCCAAAACCCCGCGCAAAAGACGUGCCAACCAAGGCAAGAGGGACCCCUCUCCGGCAGCCGCCGCUCAAGCGGUAGAAGCAGCAGACGGGGAAGAAGUAGGAACAGCAGCAACCGAGGCCGCAGCAGAGCCACCGGCAGGAAACAAGGCCCCGAAGGCCAAAGCCCCGCGCAAGCGACGUGGCGGCCAAAGCGAAAGCGCCCGCUCGCCGAAUGCUGGACCCACAGAUGCAGAGAGAAAACGUGCCGCAGCAGAUGCGGCGGAGGAAGGAACGGACCCGAGAGUCCCCGAGGAGAGGAAGGCGUCGUUCGAGCGCGCGCGACGUGCGGGCGUAGCCCGAAGAAUCGAAGACGGGGGGGGCGUUCCACGGGAUAGCGAUAGCGGUAGCGGUAGCGGUAGCGAGGCCGACUCGGGCGGCGAGGAAGACGAGGGCGGCGUCCCCGACGAGUCGCCCUUCCCGUGGAAGGAGGCAGAAACGCCUCCUUUCACCUGGCAGGACCCGGAUGCCCCCGUCGUUCCCAAGCCUUUCCUGGCGGGAAGCGGCGCCGACGGCGAGAAGGGCGGGGCGGCGGCGGGCGCGGAAGCGAAGAUCACGGGCGGCGGGGGCAAGGCAAGUUCCUUGGCGGCGUCUGAAUCAUCGUCGUGUGAACGUAUCGUUGUGGAAGGGCACCCUGUGCUGGGAUUCUUGGUGGCCGACCUCAAGUACAAGCGCGUGUACGUGACGUCCUUGGAAGCCCUGGAGAAGGUGCGGGUGUGGGAGGAGGCGCGGACUCUGCGGCCGGUGCACGCGGCCGAGAUCUUCGAGGGCAAGGCGAUCGAGGCGCAGAAGCUCGAGGUCAGGCGGGUGACGGAGGACGGCAAAGAGGAGAAGGACGAGAAUCUGGUGGCGAAGGGCAUGCCUGGAGUGAUCACUCUCUACCGACGGCCGCUCUUGCCGCUGACGAAGAGAAAUCAAUCGUACGUCUUGGGGGUCGUCGACGGGCAGCACCGCCUGCGGGCGUUGAAGAUGCUGGCAGACGCGAAGAUGUGGGACCAGUCGGAGCGGAACGUGGUGAUAGAGGUGUUCGAUGCCAAGGACGAGAGAGACAUCGAAGAGCUGGCGGAGCCGGUUCAAAUCGAUCUAGACAUACCAGGGCCGCAAGAGGUGUACAAGUGCGCCGAGGAGGUUGUCCUGCACUUGUACAAGGAUACUCAACCUUGGGUUAUCCCAUGCUCGGAAGUUCCUUUUCGCGAAACGAACGGGAGUCGCACACGAAGAGGCCGAAAACGUUAUUGUCUCGUUUCCUUGGUUUUGGUUGCGUUGGCUCCUUGGUUUUUGGUUGCCUUUGCUGAGCCUAUCCUAUCCUAACUGAUCCUAUUUAGUGCUCAACCGCCGAAGUGUUACUGCACAACAGUAAAUCUGUGGCGGCGAGGACGGGGGC